GACGAGGGCAGCAGCAUCGAGGAUAGCGAGUCCGAAGACGCCUUCGACCCUGAUGACAUUGCCUUGAGUGGGUCCGACCACGAGGUCAAUGUAGAUGCGAAGAAGCCGCACACCGAUUUCACGAUGAAGCAGAACUGGGCCCACCGCAACGUGGAUGACCAACCCGCGGACGGAGCCGUGCCGUCCAAGACGGGCUACGCGAUCUUCACAUGGAAGGACGGUGACAGGUGGUGCCCAACGCCGAGGGUCACGAUGGAGCAGAUCGGCUACGCCAAGAAGGUAGAGAAGCGGGUCGAGGCCAAGGGCAGCGACGCGCAGGGCUCCAAUGGCAAGAAGAAGACGAGGGACGACUCACCUGCCACGGGCCAGGACGCGAAGUCGCCAGGCAGUAUCAGUGCUGGGGGCAAGAGCCUUGGCAAGGGAAAGAGCAAGGGCAAGAAGGGCAAGGGCAUGGACGACGUCAAGGUGGACAGCAAGAAGGGCAGGUCCAAGGGCAAGAGCAGCAAGGACGUCAGCGACAAGCAGGUGGGCAGCACGAAGGGCGCGUCCAAGGGCAAGGGCAACAAGGUCAAAGGCGUGCAGGUCGAGCAGGACAAGCGCACGAUGCAGUCGAUCAUUUCGGCGGUGCGGCCCAUGUGCGAGAAGCACGAGGGCUUCUACGCGGGACGGGUGGGCAUCAACCUGCGCCCCAAGCUGGCCAACGGAGGCUGGGGGGUCUUCAUCAAGGACCGCAGUGGGCAGAGGUUCCAGCGGACGAGCAGACAAAGCGAGAUCGGUGGCGAAGAAGGCCUACGUGCUACUGUGACCGAGGCGAACAACAUGAUGAUCAAGAUGGCCGACGCUGAGAAGGCUGCAGCAGAGAUGUCGAAGAAGCGCGACAC